UUCUUCCUUGGCAGGAGGGCGCUCAGGUGCCAAGGUCGGCUGCCAGGUGCCCCGGAGCCUUUAUAAAGCCUCGGAGGCGAGAUCGAGAGCUCCUUUCGGCCCCAGGCAGGCAGCGUCCCCCAUCAUCAUGUGGAGGGAGAUUCUGGCGCACAGGAACUACCUGAUCGUCCUGCUGACCCCUUUCCUCUUUCUCCCCCUGCCCCUGGUCCUACCUUACAAGGAAGCGCAAUGUGGCUACACCAUCAUCCUGAUGGCGCUCUUCUGGUGCACAGAGGCCCUGCCGCUGGCCGUCACCGCUCUGCUGCCCGUCAUCCUCUUCCCGCUCAUGGGCAUCAUGGACUCCACCACGGUGUGCAUGGAGUACCUGAAGGACACCAACAUGCUCUUCAUCGGGGUGCUGGUGGCCAUCGCGGUGGAGCACUGGAACCUGCACAAGCGCAUCGCCCUCCGCGUCCUGCUGCUCAUCGGGGUCCGGCCAGGCCUGCUCCUGAUGGGCUUCAUGGGCGUCACCGCCUUCCUCUCCAUGUGGAUCAGCAACACGGCCACCACCGCCAUGAUGGUCCCCAUCGCCCAGGCCGUCCUGGAGCAGCUGCACAGAUCCGAGCUGGAGCGGCUGCAGGCCAAGGAGGCCGUGGCCAAGAAGGGGACCGUCAACGGAGGCUUUGAGCUGCAGGAGACCGUCCACCAGCAAGUGAACGGACACGUCGUGACUGUGGAGAAGGAGAAAGUGUCCCAGGAACAGCAGCAGCUGGAGAAGAAGCACCUGACCCUGUGCAAAGGAAUGAGCCUUGCGGUGUGUUACGCGGCCAGCAUUGGGGGAAUCGCCACCCUGACGGGGACCACGCCCAACCUGGUGAUGAAGGGGCAGAUGGACGACCUCUUCCCCGACAACGGCAACGUGGUCAACUUUGCCUCGUGGUUCAGCUUCGCCUUCCCCACCAUGGUGCUCCUGCUGAUCCUCUCCUGGGUCUGGCUGCUGCUGCUGUUCCUGGGCAUGGACUUCCGGAAGAACUUUGGGUGCGGCACCAACGAUUCGGAGAAGGCAGGCUCUCGGAUGGCCUACCGCAUCAUCAAGAACCAGCACCAGGCGCUGGGGCCCAUGAAGUUCUCCGAAAUCACCGUCCUGGUUCUCUUCAUCAUCCUGGUGCUCCUCUGGUUCACCCGGGAGCCAGGCUUCAUGCCGGGAUGGGCGAGUGCCGCCUUCACCUGGGACGGGAAGAGCUACGCCACUGAUGCCACGGUCGUCAUCUUCAUUUCGAUGCUGCUGUUCCUCAUCCCCUCGGAGGUGCCCAGAUGCGGCUUCCGGAGCCGCACCCCACCAGGAGGGCAGAUCCGGGUGACCCCGGCCCUCCUGGACUGGCCAACCGUUAAUCAGAAGAUGCCCUGGAACAUCGUCAUCCUCUUGGGAGGAGGCUUUGCCUUGGCCAAAGGCAGUGAGGCGUCUGGUCUGUCCAAAUGGCUGGGGAGCAAGCUGACCCCCCUGGAGACCAUCCCUCACCCGGCCAUCGCCUUUGUGCUCUGUCUGCUGGUUGCCCUCUUCACCGAAUGCACCAGCAACGUGGCCACCACCACGCUCUUCCUGCCCAUCCUGGCUUCCAUGUCUCAGGCCAUCUGCCUCAACCCCCUCUACGUGAUGCUGCCUUGCACCCUCUCCGCCUCGCUGGCCUUCAUGCUCCCGGUGGCCACCCCUCCCAACGCCAUCGUCUUCUCCUACGGGCAGCUGCACGUCAUAGACAUGGUCAAAGCCGGCUGCAUGCUGAACUUACUGGGGGUCUUGACCAUCACCCUGGCCAUCAACACCUGGGGCUUCCCCAUCUUUGACCUCCACAAUUUCCCAAGUUGGGCAAACGGCACCGCAGGUCAAUGCUGAGCCUGGGGAAGCGACUCUCUCGCAAACGCGCUUCGGAUCCUCGAGCGGCAACUCCUACGCUCUGCCGAGGGGCCGGCUUGCUUGGGGGGCCGUGGAGGCGCAAACGCAGCCUUCCCAAGCCGGCAGCAGCUGUGGCCGAGGCUCCCCUCCCUCCCUCGCUGGGAUUUCUUCUGCCCCAGUUUUAGCACCCUUGUGGGGCUUAGCAGUGGGGCACCUCACCUCACAGACCCAGCGUUGUGGGGCAGGAAAGAAAUGGCCCCCUCCCAGAUCUCCACCCAGCACCAUCUACCCUGGGCAACACACCACAGGAUCGUAAAGUUGGGAGGGGGACACCCAGAGGCCAUCUAGUCCAGCCCCCUGCAAUCCAGGAAUCGCUUCUCAAGAAUCCCUGGCAGGCGCCCGUCCAACUUCUGUUUAAAAGCCUCCAGAGAAGGAGAGUCUGUUCCCUCCUGAGGUCAUGGAAUUGUUGAGGAGGGAGGGCCCCCCAAAGGUCAUUUAGUCCAACCCCUGAGAUGCAGGGUCGUUUCAUCAGACGCAGCGCGCCGGCGUGUCUGGGCGUGUCUUUCUGCCACUGGUCUUUUUUACAGGUUGCUGCUGAGUAGUUCUGCGUGAGCCGCAACAGCGGGCAGGCAGAGCCAAGACACCCCCCCAACCUCCUUGUGACCCCCACCAGCCGCUGGGCACCGUGGGCUCUGUGCCCCGUUGGUGCCUCCCAUCUUCCAAGGAGGUCGGGGCUUCCAGGCCCCCAGGAAAAGCACAACAGCUCUUUUGUGCAAUAAAGAAAGUGUGGGCCAAAACUGUAUUGUGGUUGUUCUCAUGAGUUUAAGGGCAUCUGUGGAUCACACCCAGUCACACACAUACACAGAGUCUAUUUAAAGCGCUUUUACCUCACUCCAGGCUAAAAAAUAAUAAUCCAUAGUACCUCACAAAUAUCAGUGAUAACAGAGUCGCCGAGCUCAAGUUUUAGAGACCCAGCACAGAAGGAAAGAGCGUCCGGAGGGAAGAGGAAAAAAGCAAGCUCUGGCACUGGGUCUUAUCUAUGGUUAUCAGGGCCGGAUUUAGGUUUGACAAAGCCCCAAGUUACUGAAGGUAAUGGGGCCCUUUAUAUGUCC